UUUGUUUUGCGCGUGCACAGAGCAAGCCACGACUAGGAGACGCACGUGAGAAUCGGAAACAGGGGGAGAAAACUUUAAUAAUAAUAUAUAUAUUUUUUAGUUUUUGUUAAAGAUGUCGGAUUUAGAAGAGGAUUGUCAGCUGGGAGCGGAAUCAGAAGAGGAGGAUUGUGAGCUCUCUGAUGGAGAGCUUCAAGAAGCCUUCACCAAAGGGCUCCUCAAACCCGGCAUGAACGUUCCUCUAGAAGAACCUAAGAAAGCCGCGAACAAUGUGGAGGGUUUGAAGAAAUGUCUGGCGGAGUUUAAGAGGAAUCUGGCCUGGGUGGAGAGGCUGGACCUCACCAAUCCUCCUGCUGAAGAUAUCGUGGCUAAAGCGGAGGGGAGGGCGGAGCUGAGCCAGGGCGGAGAUCAGAUCGACGCAGACGACGACUUUCAGAGGGAGAUGUUCUUUUAUCGUCAGGCCCAGGCCACUGUCCUCGCUGCACUGCCCAAAUUAAACAAGUUACAGAUUCCCACCAAACGGCCAGAGGAUUACUUCGCAGAGAUGGCCAAAUCUGACCAGCACAUGCAGAAGAUCAGGAAGAAAUUGAUCCAGAAGCAGAUGGCGAUGGAGAAAUCAGAGAAAGCCAAGAAGCUGAGAGAACAGAGGAAGUUCAGCAAGAAGGUUCAGGUCCAGGUUCUUCAGAAGAGGCAGAAGGAGAAGAAGAACAUGAUGACGGCGGUGAAGAAAUAUCAGAAAGGUAUGAGCGAUAAACUGGACUUCCUGGAGGGAGAUGAUCAGGGGAAGAGAGCAGGAGCAGGAGCACCAUCCAAACCGCACGUUAACAAGAAAGGCCCUAACGCUAAGAGGAAGUUCAAGGACUCGAAGUUCGGGUUCGGCGGCAAAAAGAAAGGCACCAAGUGGAACACGAAGGAGAGCUACGACGACGUGUCGGGAUUCCGGGCCAAAGUCGCUCACGGCAAAGCGGGCAAGAAGUUCAGCAAAGGAGGGAAGAAUAAGCGGCCGGGAAAGGAAACCCGGCGUAAGAUGAAGGCGCGGAAAUGAGUCGUGAUGAACAUCUUUACAUGGAUCUGCAUGUUGGCAUGAGCUGCUCCACUGUACACACACACACACAGUGGAAGCCGACUGCAGUGUGCGUGAUUUUUGAGGAGGACUUUAAACAGGGACUCGUGGUGGUGAUUCUUUCUGGUGAAUCUCACAGAAAAAGCUUUUGGAUUUUUAAUAUUUUUAUGUUUCAUGAUUUGUUGAGAUGUGUGAAUGAUGUUCUGAUUGGAUAAAGGUUUUGUUGGUUGGUUAAUUUUCUAUCCAGGAUUUUUGUAACUCUCCACUGUUUGUUCUACGUGCCGCCGUUUGUGUGGUUUUCCAGUUACAGAGAUGUUCCACAGAACACAGCGACUCAGACGGAUCAGAACCGAGGACUCGCUCGGUCAGUGUCGUAGCGUGUCCUGUGACUGUACACAGUGUUUCUCUGGUGACCAGUGAUGGCCACGAGAAAUGAAAUAAAAUGAGGUUUUCAAAUGAAA